AUGAGCCGCCUUAACUCUGGGGUCGUGAGGUCAUACGUCGAGCAAGACAUUCUCGCCCAGGCCGCAGCAGUGACCAGACAGGACUUGGAACACGUGCAGUAUCUAUUGAGUCCCGGAAACACAGUGGCUCUAGACAUCAAGUGCAGGUUGUUUGGGAUUCUACUGGCUCAAGGUCGGUAUGAUAAGGCCAGAAGGCUCAACCGCAAAGUCAUGACGGAGUCGAUGGUAGCACUGGGUGCAAAGCACCGCCGGAGGCUCAUGGCCUCGAAUCAUCUGGCCGUUAUUGAUUAUCACCAUUACUACGAAGACGUUGAGGGUGAAGGUCAGAAGUUCCGGAAUGCUAUGGCACUGGCCGCUGAAUUCUUUCACCAGUGGAAAGAGGCUUUCGGCGAACACGAUCUCGACACAUUGAAGAGCAUGAGCCUUUUGGCAGGGCUUGUCGUUGAGCAGACGCAAUGGGUUCGAGCCAAGGAGAUCCAUACUCCUGAAACACUGGGGCAUGAUCACCCAACGACCUUGAGGAGGGUGACAAUGCUAUCGAUACUGCUGUACAAGCUAGAGCAGUUUACCGAGGCGAAAAAGGGGCUUCUCGGAGAGAACCACGCGGCCUCUCUCAAUGCCAUGAAUCAACUGGAGCUCGUUGACAGCGGCGAUGAUCCCUACGACGACUUGGUACCCUUUGAGGCGUACACGAGGGGUAUGCAAGCACUCCGUGACAAUCACCGCACCUAUACAGAUUCCGUCAUACACUUGACACGCAGAAUGGCCGCCAAAGAUGCCAGUGCUAGGAAACAGGCACUGGUCUUCCAGUGGGAAAUUGUGCAAGUCUACAAGCGGAAGGAUCCGACUCUGACGCGUGAUGUGCGCGGCCUGUACCUGCAGACUCUGAGACUGGCCAAAGCCCUGAAUGAAGACCAAGACAACAAGGACUUACUUGACCAGGCGCUCGGGUAUCUGCAGUGGGUCCUUGGCGACUGUGCAAAGAAGCUGGGGAAAGCCAACAAUUUUGCGCGCGAGGUGGUCCUGGAAAUGGGGCGGGCUAACAUGGCGAGAGCCGAAUUGGAAGAAGGCACUGAGCAGAUUGGUACUGUGGUGGAUGUACGAACUGCCCAGUAUGGAGAGGAUCAUCUUGAUACUCUCGUGGCUUUAGAGAUGGAGACGGAGGGGCCCUGGGAGAUGGGCUUACAGGCUCGGGCACUUGAUUGCUUGAAGGAUUGUAUCGAGGAGGUGAAAGCACUUGUGCGGUUUGAGCAUGGAUUUACCAAGAGAAUGCGAGAACGCUGGCAGAUUUGGGCUAGCCUUGGAAACGGUGGAAGAGGCAACGCUAGCGGGGGAGGCAGUAGGGGAGGAGGUAAUCGGGGGAGGGGCAAUAGAGGACGGGGCAAUAGGGGAAGGGGAAGUAGGGGGCGGGGCGGGUAG